AUGCCGCGGGGUCUGAAGUUCCUGAAUUUUCGGAAAUACGGGAAGUUUCGAACCGAAAUUUCAGGGCUGACGGAACCAAGCUGCCGCCUGUUCAAUUCCUAUUUCAGCGCCACCUUCCCUCCCAUCCUCGGCGUCUCCUCGACCAUCAUCGCCGCCGCCGCCGCCGCCGCCGGCGGCUCGCCUCAUCCUUUCUCCGGCCAGCCGGUCGACCUCUCCGUCAGUUUCUCCGCGCCCUGUCCUACUCGCUGGGGUCCAUCCAAGCUUCAAGAUGACAACAUGCAAAUUCAUCACUUCCUUCGCACCGGGAAGGCGCAGCAUCGGAACGCAGCCUCCCAUGGCUGCGCCACGAAGCCUUUCCACCCGCGUGAUCAGCUACCCCGACCGCCGUUCCGCGACCCCGACCCCGAAAGCCGGCCUGAGGAAGCUCUGAGUCCCUGCGGUGGAUCUCUACAAGGUGAAGCUCGUCUCGCCGAAAGGGGUGGAGCACGAGUUCGACGCCCCGGGUGACGCCUGCAUCCUGGACUCCGCUGAGACGGCGGGGCUGGAGCUGCCCUACUCGUGCCGCGCCGGGGAUUGCUCCACCUGCGCCGGCAGGAUCGAGGAUGGCGUCGUCGAUCAGCCCAACGGGUCGUACCUCGACGAUGCGCAGCGGGCUGAUGGCUAUGUCCUCACUUGUGUUUCCUACCCGAGGUCCAACUGCGUCAUCCACACUCACAAGGGAAGAGAAGUGUAGUGGCCGGCCGCGAACGAGUCAUAUCACGUUCGUGUCCAGAUCUCAGAUGUUGAGAGACGGUCUUACAAACUAUAGCUUCUGUUAGAUAGUUGUCCGGAAUUAAUGCAGUAUUUGCCCUUUUUGCCGUUGAUGAUAGAUUAGCUUGAGUUGGGGAUGUUGGUGCAUUGAACUGAAUUAUUUACAUGCUGAUAUUACUGGGUUUUAUGGAGGGAAAUAAUACUACCUCCGUUUCAGGUUAUAAGACUUUCU